UUUUACAUAUUUUUCAUUAUUAUCAUACUUUUACAUAUUUUAUUAGCUCGCAUUGCUCAAACUGAUUGUACCCUAGUCGAACUAUAUCACUUGCUAGAUCAACGCAAUCGAAGAAAUCGGUUUGACAACCUUAAUAGUACCGUCAAGAACAAAGGGAUUGUUAUAAUUGUUGUUUUUUUAACAUAUUAAAAAGGUUUAAUACAUAGCUGAUACUCUUAAUCAUUUGGCUUUCCAAUUUAUCUUGUUUCCAAAAUCUUUGUCUCUCUCUUCUCGAAAUUCAUUUCCCUUUUUACAGGAAAUGUUUUUUUUUACUGCGUCAAGAACGAAUGAACAGUCGCUACUACUAGCUCUACUCGAUGUGCUGAACACCGCGAGGAAGAAUUCGACCAAUUCCUCCUCACUCGACUUGGUUGAGCUGAAAGCGGCGGUUUCAGCUCCAAUGCUAGCUACAAGAUGGCAGCCAGAGCUUGGAUCGAAACCGACGAGACAGCCAAAGAAAUGCUCUCUAGGGUUCUAACCAAGUCCCCACCUUUCCUAUUCCGCCCACCUCUCCACCGGCUCCCUCUCCGCGCCGGCAACGUGGUCGAGAUAACUGGGCCUUCCCCUUCUGCCAAAACCCACAUCCUAAUCCACGCCGCAAUCGACUGCAUCCUCCCAGGUCAGUGGAAAGGAGUCGACUAUGGCGGAUUGGACCGCCUGGUCAUGUACAUCGACUUGGACUGUAAAUUCGAUGUGCUGCGGUUAUCCCACUUGCUGAAACAGCGAAUUACUGAAGCAGGUAGUGGAUUACUGUUUCAUGAUGGUGAAGAACUGCAUUCACUGUGCAUGAAGAGAUUCCUAUACGUUCGUUGUUACAGCAGUUUGGAGUUUCUCAGCGCUCUCAAGACAUUGCAUCAUCAGCUUGUUGAGAGGGUGGUAGAAGAUGUUGAGGGGAAUGGAGGUCAUUGUUUGAUGAUUGAUAACAUUGGGGCGUUUCAUUGGAUGGACAGGGCAGUUUCUUCUUCUGCAAAAUCGUUGCCGGGUUGUAAUGGGAGAAGAGGCGUUUCACUUGAUAGUAUAGUCGAAGCUGUUGUUAGGGAGAUGAAGAAGGUUCUUGUGGUGCAUCCUAUGCUUGUUAUGGUUACAAAGGCAACUGUACUUGGAGGGGAUAGAAGAGGAAGCAAUGAUGUUACCCAGAAUUCUUUAUAUCGUGAGUUUAUGCCAUUGGUUUGGCAGUCCUUUGUGACACAUAGAUUACUUGUACGAGCUGUAGAUGAUGAUAGUUGCGAGCAGCAGUCGAGAUACUUGUUGGAAUGGCUUCUGUCGUCGCCUCGGAGUUUUGUAGAGAGGUUUCUAGUGAAGGAUGCUGGACUCUCCUGUGAUCUGUGAAGGCCAAUUUUAUGCCUGCAUUUUGACCUCAACUUGUGCAGCAGCUCAGGUGUUAACUUGUUUUGUAUUUACCUUUUCUGCUUAAUAUUGACCACAUAUAUUCAACCUCCCUUCUAUGGAGUUUGGAUUAUCGUAAAAAGUUACUAAGAAGAAACCUUCAUUUAUUAA